GUAGCACCUGUCUAUGGUGCUGAGCCAUAGCAGCAGCCAGGGCAUCCUGAAGCCAGCCAGGCCCCUCCAAAGUAAGGUCCUUCUCUGUGUCCUUCUCUCUGUGCUUUGUGUACUUCUUUCUGGCUAGUAACAGAAAAUGUGAGCAUCCCCUGGGCCCCAAGGAGGGGAGCCUGCAGACGAAGCCUGCCACAAAGGACUUAUCUCCUGGAAGUCCAGAGCAAUAGACCAACCAGAGCUCACAAUCAGAGAUGAGUGGUGGGUGUGGCCUGCCCCCCCAGCACCCUCUGGGAGGCCUAAGUGGUUACAUGGAGACAGCAGCCCUUUGCCAUAGAAGAGUGAGGUGUGGGAGGCUCUCUCCUUUCUUCAAGUUUCCACGGCAUGCUUAGAAAUGAGCCCUGGUUCCACUUCCGGGUGGUUGGUCAAUCCAAACUCUUGUGACCAACAGCUCUCUGAACUAAGAGGGUUUUUUUGAGGGAUUACAGACGCUAGGCAGUAGGACCAGGACCUAGGACUGAGAAGACACCUGCACAACCAGCUUUUACUAUGCCCUCAUUAUCCAUUAUAAUAGUGCUAGCUUAUUAGGCAACUAGUAGUAAUAAUAAGCAAUGCUAAGUGUCUUUGAGCUAAGUAAUCCAGUAACUACAUUAAGUUGAUUAUCCUAUUGUACACUCCCCCUUCCCUCCACCUGGCCAGAUGUGACCCUACCCUGACCCAGGUCCAGGAAUGUAAAAGGGAGGUUUAAAGCUUGAGCUAACAACCAGCCCCUACCCUGGAGUCCACGACAGGUGUCGGACUUAUCAAAAGUGUCAACUUGAUCUAUAGCAUUCCCCUAAAGCCUGCUUGUACAUGAUAAUAAAAGCUCUGUAAGAAUUGGGCUCGGGGCUUCUCGGGGGCUUCCUCUCCUGGAGACACAGAGAGGCCCAGGUUCGAACUCGUAAUAAAAACGACCCUGCUAAUUGGCUUCAACUUCGGUCUCUGGUGGUGUGAUUUUCAGGGCACCAUGGACUGCGGGCAUAACAAAUUUUGGGGGCUCGUCCGGGAUUCACCGAAGCCCACCCAGACACCUCAUUGAAGGGUCGUGGAAGGACCAGCCCGGGUGGGUUUGCCAGCAUUGUAUUUGUGUAGUCGACUGUAUUAUCUGAGUUGCCUAUAGGUUCUGUAUCUGGGCCGACGAAAAGUCCUGGCGGACGUGCUAUAGCACUGUCAGUGGGGCUGUUGAGAGACAUUCCUCGGACCCCAUCUGGGACUAUCAGUGUAAAUUGUAGUCCAUCUGGUCGGGCAGAGACAGCCCAACGCGCCUGCGAUCUGUAUCUGUGUGUCAGUGUGCUUGCAUGUUCUACCGAAAGCUUUCAGUUUGAGGCUGUUAUUUUUCAGGUUACUACUUUUGGAUGAGAAAAGAGGACAGCCACUCUACACGUUCCUGCUUUGUUCCUUUAUCUAACCUUACCUUCGUUCCAAAAAUCCCCCUUUUUAACCAGGGAUUGUAGGUCCACGAUGGGGCAGACGCAGACCACCCCCCUCACCAUCAUAAUGGAUCAUUUCAGAGACAUGAGGAAUAGAGCUUCUAAUUUAAGUGUGGAAAUCAGGAAGGACAAACUUGCCACUCUCUGUAGGUCAGAGUGGCCAGCUUUUGGUGUUGGAUGGCCUCCAGAGGGCACUCUCGACUGGUCAGUCGUACGGAGGGUUAAAGAGAAAAUCUUUCUCUCAGAACCGAAUGGCUACCCAGAUCAAAUCCCCUACAUUCUUGUCUGGCAAGAUCUAAUAAACAACCCACCGGCCUGGCUGGCGCCUUUCCUUCCCGUAGCUAAAAUUCUAGCCCUACAGUGCACAGGAGUGGGCGAGUCAGCAAAACCCACACCCCCAAGGGAGGCCGCUGCUAAACCCCAAGCCACUAAACCCUCAGCUCCUCUUUACCUGGUCCUGCCUGACAGUUCAGAUCCCCUACCCCUUGACCCUCCUCCAUACCUUCUCCCUCAUCCUAGGCCUGCAGAGCUGGUGAACGAGGGAGCACGGGCAGCCCCACUGGAGGGAGAGAGAGAAGCAGGGGCUGACUCAGGGGGACCAGCAGAAAGGACGAGGGGUCGCACCCAACAAGUAGCGAGCCCGCGCCAUCCCGACUCCACGGUGGCCCUACCAUUACGAGAAAUCGGGCCGCCCGAUGGCACCGGGAACCCUAGACUUCAGUAUUGGCCCUUCUCCACCAGUGACCUCUAUAAUUGGAAGACUCAAAAUGCCCAUUUUUCUGACAAUCCCAAAGAUUUGAUUUCUCUUUUAGAUAGCGUUGUGUUUACUCAUCAACCCACCUGGGAUGACUGCCAACAACUCCUCCGAAUCCUGUUUACCACAGAGGAGUGAGGACGAAUCCAGUUAGAAGCCAGGAAAUUGGUUCCUGGUGACAAUGGUCAACCCACAGCCAACCCAGAUUUAAUCAAUGAUGCUUUUCCUUUGACCAGACCCCCACAAAAUGGCUGGGACUACAACACGGCAGAAGGUAGGGGACGGCUAUGGGUUUAUCUCCAGACUCUAAUGGCGGGUCUCCGGGCAGUGGCACGCAAGCCCACUAAUUUGGCCAAGGUAUAUGCAGUUAAUUAAGGAAAGACAGAGUCUCCUUCAGGGUAUUUAGAAAGAUUAAUGGAAGCCUUCAGACAGUUCACGCCUAUGGAUCCAGAGGCCCCCGAAAAUCAAGCAGCAGUAGUUAUGUUGUUUGUAAAUCAGGCUGCUCCUGACAUUAAAAAGAAGUACAGAAAUUAGAAGACCUGGAGGGAAAUUCAGGAUUUACUUAGGAUUGCUCAGAGGGUUUUUAAUAACAGGGAUGCCCCUGAAGAGAAGCAGUUGAGGGCAACAGAAAAGAUGACGAGAGUACUGGCGGCCGCAGUUCAAGGGAAGCAACCGCAGGAACAUUCCACACGCCCAAAAACACCCUAUAAGAAAUUAGAUAACCAGUGUGCCUAUUGCAAGGAGAUCGGCCACUGGGCUAGAGACUGUCCGAAAAAGAAAAGGGCCAAGCCAGGCCGAUGGCAGGAAACGCCUCCCACGCAACCCCCUGCUGUACUAGUGACCCAAGAUUCUGAAGAUUAGGGGGGACGGGGUUCAGACCCCCUCCCCAAACCCAGGGUAACUCUACGAGUGGAGGGGAAUCCUGUCCAGUUUUUGGUAGACACAAGAGCCCAGCACUCAGUUCUCACUAGCCCCAGAGGGAAGUUAUCAGCCACCUCUUCUUGGGUGCAAGGAGCCACAGGGAUCAAAAAGUACCCAUGGACAACUAAAAGAACUGUGGACUUGGGGACCAACAGAGUGUCCCGUUCUUUCUUGGUCAUCCCUGAAAGUCCAUACCCCCUUCUGGGGAGAGACUUACUAACUAAAAUAGGAGCCCAAAUUUGCUUCCUACCUGAUGGGCCAAAGGUGACGGAUUCACAAGGUGGACCAGUUUCAAUAUUAACUCUGUCCCUGGAAGAUGAAUACCGUAUUCACCAACAACCUGAGGAGCCUGGACAAAAAAUUGACCGGUGGGUCCAGCGCUUCCUGGAGGCGUGGGCUGAGACUGGGGGAAUGGGACUGGCCACCCACUGACCGGCCAUAUACAUAGAGACAAAACCUGGAGCGGAUCUGGUCCAGGUUCGACAAUACCUUAUGCCCAUAGAAGCAAGAGUGGGAAUUACACCCCACAUUCGGUGCCUCCUAGACCAGGGAGUUCUGCGACCGUGCCAAUCGGCCUGGAACACACCUCUACUGCCAGUGCGUAAGCCCACCACAGGGGACUAUUGGCCCGUACAGGACUUGAGGGAGGUUAACAAAAGAACUAUUGAUAUCCAUCCAACAGUGCCAAACCCCUACACCCUUCUAAGUGCUCUCAGUCCCGAAAAACAAUGGUAUACUGUUUUAGAUCUGAAAGAUGCUUUUUUUAGCUUACCCCUAACACCUAAGAGCCAAGAGCUUUUCGCCUUUGAAUGGACGGACCCAGAAAGAGGCAUCAAUGGACAGCUAACUUGGACACGGCUGCCACAAGGGUUUAAAAACUCUCCCACCCUAUUCGAUGAGGCUCUUCAUGGAGACCUGAGUGAGUACCGACAGACACACCUAAACCUAACCCUCUUACAAUAUGUAGAUGAUUUACUGAUAGCAGCACAGACCCUCAAGGAAUGCACCCGAGGAACGGAGGACCUCUUGCACACUUUGGGGAGCCUGGGCUACAGAGCAUCCGCUAGAAAGGCCCAACUCUGCAAGACCGAGGUAACAUACCUGGGGUACCUAUUGAAAGGGGGGCAACGAUGGCUGACCCCUGCACACAGGGAGACUGUGCUCCGAAUCCCCCAACUGCAGUCGCAACGACAGGUUCGGGAGUUUUGGGGGUCAGCCGGGUUCUGCUGAUUGUGGAUCCCUGGGUUUGCUGAAUUGGCCAAAUCCCUCUACCUGAUGACAAAAGAUCGGCAGCCCUUCCAAUGGACAGAGGAGGCUGAACAAGCCUUUCAGCAGAUAAACACAGCGCUGCUCUCGGCCCCAGCGCUGGGACUCCCCGAUGCCUCCAAGCCUUUUCAACUGUUUGUGGACGAGAGUAAGGGGGUAGCUAAGGGAGUUCUGACUCAGCCCGUAGGCCCUUGGAAAUGGCCUGUAGCGUACUUAUCAAAGAAACUUGACUCUGUAGCCACCGGAUGGCCCCCUUGUCUCAGAAUGAUAGCGGCCACAGCCCUGAUGGUAAAAGAUACAGACAAGCUAACCAUGGGGCAAGAACCGCAGGUCACCACACCCCACGCUGUUGAAGGCCUCCUAAAGCAGCCUCCCAACUGAUGGCUUAGCAAUGCAUGGCUAACUCACUACCAAGGGCUGUUGCUAAACCCUCUCAGAAUUUUCUUUUAGCCACCAACCACCCUAAACCCCGCCUCCCUGCUCCCUGACCCGGACCUGGAGGCCCCACUCCAUGAUUGUGCCGAAGUGUUAGCCCAGGUGCACGGAGUAAGAGAGGAUCUACGAGAUCAACCCCUGCCCAACACUGAGGUAACCUGGUUUACCGACGGGAGCAGCUUCGUGCAUCAAGGACAGAGGUAUGCGGGGGCAGCGGUGGCUUCAGAGACUGAGAUAAUAUGGGCCGAGCCCCUGCCGGCAGACACCUCAGCACAGAGAGCGGAACUGAUAGCCCUAACCCAAGCUUUAAAACUGGGAAAGGGAAAAAGACUUACGGUCUACACUGAUAGCCGGUACGCCUUUGCCACCGCCCAUAUACAUGGGGCUAUAUAUCGGGAAAGAGGUCUCCUGACAGCAGAGGGAAAAACCAUAAAGAACAAAGGAGAAAUCUUAGCUCUCCUAGCCACUUUAUGGGAGCCAAAAAGAUUGGCAACUGUGCAUUGCCCGGGCCACCAAAAACCUAUAGACCCCGUGUCAAGGGGCAAUUAUUUUGCUGAUCAGACUGCUAAGAAAAUAGCUAUGUCCCCAAUUCAGGCUAUAGUCGCACAACAACAAUUCCCUGAUCCAGGACCCAGGAACUUGCCUCCAACGCCGGAGUACACCGAAGAAGAUCUGCAAUGGGUAAAAACACUGCCUGUGGCACAGCUCCUUGAUGGGUGGUGGAGAGACUCUGAAUGUCGCACCAUACUCCCCGAAAAACUAGGAGAAAGAGUAUUACAAAAAAUCCACCACAGCACUCACCUAGGCACCAGGAGGAUACAGGACUUAAUGAGACAGACGAAACUACGAAUAAAAGAGGCCCCCAGCAAAAUUGACCAAGUUGUUGUCAAAUGCAAAGUCUGUCAACUCACUAAUGCAGGAAAGAACGCUCAGAAUUCUGGAACAAGACAGCGAGGAGAUAAACCAGGAGCCUAUUGGGAAGUAGAUUUUACUGAGGUAAAGCCAGGAAAGUACGGGUAUAAAUACUUAUUCGUUUUUGUAGAUACCUUUUCAGGAUGGGUAGAAGCCUUUCCCACUAAGAAUGAAACAGCCCAGGUGGUGGCCAAAAAGAUACUGGAGGACAUCUUACCCAGGUAUGGAUUUCCAGUAAUGAUAGGCUCGGACAAUGGACCGGCGUUUGUCUCUAAGGUAAGUCAGGGGUUGGCUUCCAUACUCGGGGCGGAUUGGAAAUUACAUUGUGCAUACAGGCCCCAAAGUUCAGGACAGGUAGAAAAAAUGAACAGAACAUUAAAGGAGACUUUAACCAAAUUGACCAUGGAGACUGGCGCAAACUGGGUAGCCAUCCUCUACGCUCUGUAUAGGGUUCGCAAUUCCCCAUACAAACUGGGGCUUACUCCCUAUGAAAUUUUGUUUGGCAGGCCACCUCCCAUCAUACUUAAUCUUAAAGAAAAUCUGAUUAAAAAUGAUGACGAUUUUGAACUCCUGUCUUCACUCCAAAUCCUGCAGGGGGUCCAUGAACAGGUGUGGCCAAAACUGAAAGACCUGUACGAGACAGGGCCUCCUCCGGUGCCCCACAGCUACCGGCCGGGCGACUGGGUGUUCGUGAAACGCCACCGACGGGAAAACUUGGAACCCAGGUGGAAGGGACCCUUCCAAGUCUUCUUGACAACCCCCACUGCCCUCAAGGUAGACGGAGUGUCCUCCUGGGUUCAUCACACUCACGCUAAAUCAGCGGACCCAUUCCAGGAUCUCAUAGAACCUCUUACAUCCAAGUCGACUUGGAGGGUCAACAAAACCCGAGAUAUAAGUCACUCCCUGAAGCUUUGAUUAAGUCGUAUCCCACAGGCUGCAGAUCACCCGAGAAAUGAGGCCUGACCUCAUAAGCCUACUAAUUCUGUCUGUUGGGGGGAGAGUGACUUUGGACAUCAUUCCUCACCAACCUCCACCAGGCUACUGGACCUUGAGUGUGUCGGGAAGAGUAAUUGACCGCCAUAGUGGCACAGGACAGCCCACGUUCACCGUAGAUCUCUGCACCCUGUGGCAGGAAGUGGACACGAGGCUGAUCUCCAGGCCUGGAGUUAAGACAUUUACCUCACCAGCCGAUUGGCAUUGGAAUCCCGGGGUAAAAUUGGUGGGGUGCAGGCAAACUGGUAUAGAGGCCAACUUACAACAAACUAAAUUGUAUGUCUGUCCUGCAGAAACCUCCCCAGACUUGGGGGGGGGGGGCAGGCGAUUAUUACUGCUAUCACUGGGGGUGUGAGACAAUAGCCUCAUGGUUGACUCCUAGGGACAAAAAUCUGGAGAUGGCCAGAGUGGGUGGUCAAGUCCUCAAGUGGGAAAAAGAAACCCAAUCCAAAUUAAGGUAAAAACAUGGCAAGGAAUACAGAAUUCUCAAUGGGUUAAGGGAAAGACAUGGGGACUGAGACUAUAUGUCUCCGGGUCUGACCCGGGCAUUCAGUUUAUAAUCAAGUGGCAGUCUCAACCGAGCCACACAAUUGGGGUGGGGCCGAAUAAGUUCCUUAUUUCCGAGCCUGAGCCCUCACCAACCCAAAGACCCAGACCCAAUCCAAGUCCUCCUCCCCAAGUAAAAAAGGGCAAGGACCGACCCAUUAUGACCAGCCGAGGCAAAGGUUCAAAAUCAAAAGAGGCGCGCAAAGACAGGGCCCGACCUGCCUCACAGCCAGUAACAGGAAAAAGUCAAAACUCCAACAACAAUCUGGUCCGCUGUGGCGACUCUUAAAUAGUGCUUACAUAGCCUUAAACACUUCUUUCCCUAACUUAACUAAUUCCUGCUGGCUAUGUUAUCAGGCCUCGCCACGCUAUUAUGAGGCGUCAGCUGUGACAAGUCUCUCACUCUCUGGGACAACCCAAGAGGGCUGCCGCUGGCAGAGACAGAUGGAAUCUGGGACCACCUUGCAGGUCGUGCGGGGUCAUGGGACAUGCAUAUCCACCACAGUUUCUACUGGACCAAUGUGCAGUCACACUGUCCUCAGCAAUGCCUCCCUGUUCUACCCAGCGCCAGGAAAUACGUGGUGGGCUGUAAUGCUUCGGGAGUGACUCCGUGUGUGUCAGGGACAGUGUUACAAAGCAAUAAUGAAUGGUGCCUUCUAGUUAGAUUGUACCCUCGAAUAAUAUAUCAUCCCUAUAAGGAACUCCUGUCCAGCCUAAGGCCCACCGCGUCACUCAGCAGAGAGUGCCGGGAGGUGGUGACCGCUUUAAUCACUGUAGCUGGACUGCUAGGACUGGCAGGGACAGGGUUGGGAGCUACUGCAGUAGCCAAGCAAGGAAGCCAGUAUUCGGCUCUCCGACUGGCGAUAGAUGAAGACUUAGCGAGAACUGACUGAUCUAUCUCUGGCUUAACCAAGUCUCUCAGAUCCCUGUCGGAAGUUGUCCUCCAAAAUAGACGAGGACUGGACUUCCUGUUUCUACAGCAGGGAGGACUGUGUGCCGCCUUGGGGGAGGAGUGUUGUUUCUAUGCCGACCACACAGGGGUAGUAGAGAACUCCAUGACUAAAGUACGCGAUGGGCUAGAAAAAAGAAAAAGAGAAAGGGAACAACAAGAAGGAUGGUUUGAAUCAUGGUUUAAUUAUUCUCCUUGGCUAACAACCUUAUUAUCGGCUAUAACUGGCCCUCUACUUCUGUUAAUAAUAAUCUUAACCAUAGGCCCCUGAGUGAUCAACAAACUAGUAACAUUUGUUAAAGACAGGAUAAACACGGUUCAGCUUACGGUGCUGCGGACACAGUACCAACCCUUAGAUGAACAGGAAAUAAAGCUUAAGACCUAUAAAAGAGCCAAGAUUGGCUCCAAAUAAGUCUCAUGUGAAAGGUGGGAAAUGAGAAGACACCUGCACAACCAGCUUUUACUAUGCUUUUACUAUACUAUUAUAAUAGUGCUAGCUUAUUAGGCAACUAGUAGUAACAAUAAGCAAUGCUAAGUGUCUUUGAGCUAAGUAAUCCAGUAAUUACAUGAAGUUGAUUAUCGAAUCGUACACUCCCCCUUCCCUCCUCCACCUGGCCAGAUGUGACCCUACCCUGACCCAGGUCCAGGAAUGUAAAAGGGAGGUUUAAAGCUUGAGAUACCAACCAGCCCCUACCCUGGAGUCCGCGACAGGUGUCUCGGGACUUAUCAGAAGUGUCAACUUGAUCUAUAGCAUUCCCCUAAAGCCUGCUUGUACGUGAUAAUAAAAGCUCUGUAAGAAUUGGGCUCGGGGC